AUGUUUAGUUUUGCUGGAGUGGAUAAUUGUGAGAGAAUUGUUUACAAAAAUGUAUUUAAACUCUUGAAAGAGAAUUUAGAUCAGAACAAAGGGAUUGUGCCAAGGUGGCAUUCAUUAGUCCUCAUAAAGAAUAAGAAAGUUCGACUCUUUCCAAUCCCUUUUUAUUAUUUGAUAAUAAUAAUUAUUAAGUGUAGAUAAUGUAUUUUUGCAUCAAAUCAAUUACUCAUCUUUUAUUUUGUGCAUUUUUACAAAAUAUAAUUUCUUUAAUAAUUUAUCAUUUAAAAUCAUUUAUAAGUUUUCUAAUAUACUUGCUGCGUAUACAUGAAAGUGAAUUAAAUCGAUGCCUGA